UACGGUUUUAUCCAAUUUGCUGUAAACAGAAAUUGUCUGUUUCUUCUCUUUCCUUUCUGCGCGUAAUUCAGCCACUGAAUUCGGUGGCGGCUCACCGUGUCUUUCCUCGUCGGAAACGAGUCCACAGCCAUGGGAGAAUUAGAACCUGAGCAACAGCAACAUGAGCAGAAAGAGUUCGCUGACGGUGGAAAGAGAAAGCUGGACGCUUUCGAACUCGCUAAACAGAGAGCUCAAGAAAUCGCCUCUCGAAUCGCUAGUGACGCUGAGCUGAAACGCCCUCGACUCGUCUCUGAAAACUCGUCCGAGCCUUCAUUGUUCUCAAGUUCCGUUUCUGCUCCUCUCUCUUUCCCUGUUCCCUUUGCUGCCCAACCAAGUCUAUAUUCGCAUGGCAUGGGCAAGAAGAUUACAAUUCCAAGUGGCAAGGUUGGUGUGGUUAUAGGGAAAGGAGGAGAAACAAUAAAACAUAUUCAACUGCAGUCAGGUGCUAAAAUUCAAAUUACCAAGGAUCAAGAUGCCGAUCCCCAUUCUUUAACAAGGGACGUAGAAUUGAUGGGUACUUCAGAACAAAUUAGCAGGGCAGAAGAAUUGAUCAAUGAUGUGAUUACAGAGGCAGAUGCAGGGGGCUCUGCUUUGUCUGCAGAACAUGGAUUAAACACAAAGCAAUCUGGAGCUGAACAGUUUGCAAUGAAAGUCCCAAAUGACAAGGUUGGAUUGCUCAUUGGCAAGGGCGGUGAAACCAUCAAGUACAUGCAAAGCAGAUCAGGGGCUCGUAUGCAGAUUAUUCCCCUGCACCUUCCUCCUGGUGACACAAUGGCAGAGAGAACAGUAUAUUUAAAUGGUUCAACAGAACAGAUUGAGGCAGCCAAAGAAUUGGUUAAUGAUGUGAUCAGCGGGAAACGGAUCAUAAACCCAUCUGGAGCCAAUAGCUAUGCACAACCAGUUUAUACUGCUGCUGUUAACUGGGUCCAGCCAGGACAACCUACCAUGCAACAACAGCCCCAAUAUGGGUAUGCUCAACCAGGAACUCAACCUACAACCUCUUCUUACUAUGGCAACUACACCCAGCAACCAGCAUGGGAUCAGUCAAACCCAUUGACCAUGUCUCAAACACCUCAGCAAAUGACUGGAUAUGGUUACUAUGGACAACCUCAACUGGGAUCAGCUCCUCUUAAUCCUAGCUAUAGCUACAAUCAGACACCUUAUGAUCAUGGCUACAGUCAGCAGACACCAAGCUAUGGACAAAACAUUCCUAGUCAGACUCCAACACAAGAACAGCAGAAACCAUAUGUAACUUCUAGUUAUGGAUCAGCUACUGUAUCAUCUCAACCAGAUGGGGCAGUUUCCUCCCAAUCUCAAGUAGCAGCACCUGCAUAUCCACCUACUGCUUAUAGUCAACCAGUGGCCAAUCCUCAAACAUACUGGACUUCUUCAAGCUAUGCUGGCCAACCACCACAAAUGGGAUAUGAUCAAACGGGGUACUCCCAGACUGCUUAUGGAGGGAUGCAACCAGGUCAAGUCCCGCCCCCACCCCCCCAGCCAGUUUAUGGACAAGGUGGAUAUCCUCUUCAGCCAUCUGCUGCAGCAGUAAAUUAUGUUCAGGACACACAACCCCAGUCACAGCCAUCAAACAAUGGUUAUUCACAAUCAUUGGCUUAUGGAGCUGAAACUCAUGAUGGGAAUUCAAAUUCUGCCGUGCAGGAACCGGUUCCUUCUCAAAGCUGAAUUUAUCCCUUUAUAUUGUCUGUUCCACUUUCCUAAUGUUCAUUUAAAUGAGUCCCGUUUGGCGAUUGUACACUAAAUUGUAUCAUGGGAGGGGUUUCCAUUUCUAGGCUUAUAGUGUUUGGAAAUUGUCUUGUAUGUUUAUUCUUAACGUUAGCUGCAUUUGAACUUGAAAAGAAGUAAAAUUAGCCGAGUCCAUUUAAACGAUUGAGAUAUUUUAGCAGAUUUGGUCCUAGAUUUUGGUUGGAUUGGAAGUUCUAUAAGAAAAAAAAUCAUUGUUUUUCUGGUCCGGUGUAAACCAGAAUGAUGAGACCAGUUCUCACCGUUGGCAUUUGAUAUUACGUUGCAACUUCACUGGCAGGAAGGUUAAACACAAUGAUUGGCAUUCUUUUGUUUA